AUGGCCAUCCCUGGCCCCAAUAAACGGUGGAAUUGGAAGCACCACCGCCAUUGCACCCCUUGCCACCGCCAGAGACCCGACACCGGCCAUGGAUUCGAUGCUAGAUUGAUGCAUGGUGUGAUAUUGAUUGCUAGGUUCUUUCUUUGCUUUUGCAAUGCGCAAUUGAAUGAUGAUGUAGUGGAUUUCAUGGUGGUGCCGACCGUGAUGGUGCGAGUGCAUGAGGCCCAUGUGAACUAUGAUGUCUUUUGGUCCACCACAUGUGGUGGUAUUUUGGAAUGA